CUACUACUGCUGCUAACUCUUCCUUCAAAGUAUUGUAUUGGAUUCAUCGACAUGCACAUUUGAUUUCGAGCUCUAUCUCUCUCUCUCUCACCCUUCAAUCGAGGCCUUUCUCUUUCUCUCAUGCGUUAUUAACACUGCUCAACUUACUUGUUUUAAGGUUCACCUUCCACCACCGCCAUGGAAGCUAUAACUUCAAACAAAUCUUCUUAAAACUCCGUGAUUCCUUAUUACUUACUUCAGUAUCAUUAUUACUUCAUUCUGACUACCCCCUUCCUCUACCUAUAAUACCUAGUACAUGUACAAGAAGAAGAAGAAAUUUUAAUUGCUUCAUCAUCAGCAGCAGCAGCACCGAAAACAAUGACGCCUACAAACUGGCUAUCGUUUUCUCUAUCACCGUUAGACCUCUACCAAUCAACCAAUACUACUCAUCAUCAUCAAGAUGCUGCUCCUACUACUACUGCUACGACACCAAAAUACAUGCCUUACGAAAGCUUAUCUUCCGAUUCUUCCCACCAGUACUACAACUUUGAUUCUUUGUAUGCCAACAACAACAAUGAUUACUGGACGAAUAGUAUGAGGGCAGCAACGAAUCAAGAUUCUCAUGGCUACACAGCAGUUGAAGAAAUUCAAGAUAUAAAAGAAAUCAAAACAGGGGAUUUCUCAUUUUUAACAAGUUUGAAUCAUCAACAGAUAGUACCAAAACUUGAGGAUUUUCUCGGUGGUGAUUCUGUAUCUGCUUCAUCCAUGCAUCAUCAACAACAUAGUCAAACAGAAACUCAGGAGGAUUCAGCAUUAAGUAAUGUUUAUCAUGAACAACAAAGUACUUGUUAUUAUGGUGGAGAUCAACAAGAUCUUAAAGCAAUCACUGGUUUCCAUCAGGGGACUUUUUCUUCGGCUAAUUCUGGUUCUGAAGUUGAUGAUUCAUCUGUUUCUGUAACUGGUUCAAUGGGUUUCCAUCCUCAUCAUCACCAGCAAGCUUUAUCUCUUGAAUCCUCCAGAAAUGAUUUACUUUACUCAGACACCACUACACCCACUACUAACAAUAAUAACAACAACAGCAACCAGAGAUUGUCAUUAGCGGUUUCCAGUAAUAAAACUCAGAAUUCAGAAAAAGCUAUUGUGGCCGUGGGUGAUGCUAAUUCCGAGUCAUGUAAGAAAAUUACUCCUGAUACUUUCGGUCAGAGAACUUCCAUUUACAGAGGUGUCACAAGACAUAGAUGGACAGGUAGAUAUGAAGCUCAUCUAUGGGAUAAUAGCUGUAGAAGAGAAGGGCAAAGUAGGAAAGGACGUCAAGUGUACUUGGGUGGGUAUGAUAAGGAAGAUAAAGCUGCAAGAGCGUAUGAUUUAGCGGCUUUGAAAUACUGGGGUCCAACUGCAACAACUAAUUUUCCGGUUACAAAUUACUCCAAGGAAAUGGAAGAUAUGAAGACAAUGACCAAGCAAGAGUUCAUUGCUUCCCUUAGAAGGAAGAGUAGUGGAUUCUCAAGAGGAGCUUCUAUGUACAGAGGAGUAACAAGGCAUCACCAGCAAGGCCGAUGGCAAGCCAGGAUAGGCCGAGUUGCCGGGAAUAAAGAUCUCUACCUUGGUACAUUUGGAACUGAAGAGGAAGCAGCGGAGGCAUAUGACAUAGCAGCAAUAAAGUUCAGAGGCUUGAAUGCUGUAACCAAUUUUGAGAUGAACAGAUACAAUGUUGAAGCCAUCACCAAUAAUGAACUUCCCAUUGGUGGGGCUGCAAAGCGUCUAAAGCUCUCCCUCGAAGCCGAAUCAGAAACACAAUCACCACAGGUACACCGUGAACAACCCCCAACCGGUAGUUGUUGUAGCAGCAUUUCCACUGUUCCUGGUGUGUACCAAGAUUCUGCAACCACCUUAUAUCAUCAGCAUCUCUUCCACCAGCUUAGUUACACAAAUGGCACCUCCUCCCAUCCGGUCAUUGCUCCAAUAAUGUCUUCACCAUCUGAGUUUUACGGGCGGGGUAUGAUUUAUGGAAGCACCACACCGUUUAACAUCAGCAGUCACUUUAACAACAGCAUCAACAAUACUGAAGCUAACCUUAACCAACCCUGGAAUAUGACGGCAUCUUACAACAAUAACUGAAGGCUGCGCACGGAUGUGAUCUGACCCACUACUUACUACCUCACUAAAACAGAUAUCUUGGUCUUUUUUGUCUUUAUAGUUAACGAGUGGCCUUCUAAUCCUUUUUGCCUGCUAUUCUUAGAUGAAGAAGUGUCGUCUUUUGUUGUAACAACCAAGUAAAGAGUAGUUGUAGCUUUUACUUUCAGUUUAGUUUAGGUUCGCAUGGAAUCAGUCUUUUCCUUCGUUCGGGAUGAAUUUUUGGAGGAACUUUAGUUUCUCUGGCUUCCGUGCCUAAUAAUAACUAUUCGGUUGUAUGGGUUCUGAUUUAGCAUGCCAGAGGUUUUUGUAAAAAUUUCUACAUAGGAAGUUUUCCAGUUUAACGUCA